GCGCUGGGGAGGAUGGCGCGCGCGUGGCUGCCGCUGGCGGCGCUGUGCCUGCAGCUGGCGGCGUCGAGGGUGGCGGCGGGCUGCGGCGCGUGCCGUCCGGAGCGCUGCGCGGCGGUGCGCUGCGCGGCGGCCGAGCUGGCGGCGCGGGACGAGUGCGGCUGCUGCCCGCGCUGCCUGGGCGCCGAGGGGGAGCGGUGCGGCGGGGCGCGGGGCGCGCGCUGCGGGCCGGGGCUGGUGUGCGUCAGCCGGCGGGCCGGGGGAGGCGCGGCGGAGGAGGAGGCGGCGGAGGAGGAAGGCACGGGGCGCUGCGUGUGCGAGGAGGACGGCGCCGUCUGCGGCUCCGACGGCCGCUCCUACGGCAGCGUGUGCGCGCUCCGCCUGCGCGCCUGGCUCGCCCCGCACGGCGGCCGGGGGGAGCGCGUCCGCAAGGCGCACGACGGCGAGUGCAAGCUGGCUCCAGCUAUUGUGGUGCCACCCAAAAAGAUUCACAAUGUUACAGGAGCCCAAGUCUACCUGUCCUGUGAAGUGAAAGCCGUCCCAACACCUAUCAUCACCUGGAAAAAGGUCACAGAAUCCCCAAAGGGAGUGAAGCUCCUAGAAGAACUGCCUGGGGACAGAGUCAACAUCGCAGUCCAAGUUCGGGGUGGACCUUCUAAGCAUGAGAGCACAGGCUGGGUUUUGAUUAACCCACUGACAAAAGAAGACGAGGGUGUUUACCAGUGUCGUGCUACAAACAUGGUGGGAGAAACUGAGGCAGAGGGGAGUAUUAAAGUCCUGGAUGCCAACAAGAAAGCUAAUUUCCUGCUAUCUGAAGACAUGAAGUAGCAGGAUGAAGCGAUUUAACAACAUCUGAGAGAAUCGGAU